GUAUACGGCUUUAACGAUAUCCCACGAGCGCACCCACCACCAUCGUCAUCGUCCCCCUCCGCGAAGAGAUCCCUUCGUCGGGGAAGAGAACGAGACCUACCCUUCCUCAAUCCUCCGACCCCCAUGGCCUCCUCCUCCUCCUCCUCCUCCUCCUCGGCCCUCCCUCUCUUCUCCUCCCUCCUCCUCGCGCUGCUGCUCCUCUCCGCCCCCUCGCCGUCCGCCUCCGCCGAGCUCUCUUUCCUAACCGUUUCCUCCAACGGCUCCGCCUCCAUCUCCGCCGACCCGGAGCUGGAGGACGUGGCCCCGGAGCCCACCUUCCUGGAGGAGGUCAUCGACGCCGUCUCGGAGAAGUACGACUGGGAUCCGGACGCCGAGGUCAGGGUGUGGCCGCUCGACGCCGACGCCGUCCGCGUCGGCGUCGUGCAGCGGUACGAGUUCCGGGCACGCGCGGGCGGGUCGGCGGCUCUGGCGCGGUUCUCCGACGAGGCCGUGCAGUGGAGACGCCCCUCCGCGCCGGCCCUCGAGGAGGUGGACGGGCCGGACGGCUUCGACGUCGUCCCCGCCGAAGGCGCAUUCGGGUUCGACACCGGCGUCAGGGACGUGGAGCUGGUUGGGCCGCUGGAGUUGAAGCUUGCUGGCAACGAGGACGGUGGCCUCGUCGAGCUCCAGCUACCGUCGGGGAAUGCCACAUAUACAAGGCUUAAGAGGAUAUUUGUUGCAGAUGGCAUUGCAUUAAAGGUCAUUGGUGCACAGAAAGUUUCCGUAACCCACCCUCACAGUAUAGGUCUUUUAUCAAAUGGAAGUUUGUUGACUAGUAACCACGACCUAAGCCAAAUAUGGCCUUUGAGCUACUCAACCUGUGCCCCAUUACUUCAAGUGAGCGUUGUAGGAUCAGUCAUAAUUGUUGUGCAUCAAACAAGUGUAUCUGCAGGCCAUGUGAAAACUUUCUUAAGGUCACAUAACACUAUAGAGUUAUUGUCAGACAAGUGUAAAGUCAACACAGCAAAUCGGUUGAUCUCAGAGUUUUUGUUCUCCUCGGUUAGCCCAAGACUGAUAAAGCUUGAGAAGAUCUUGAAGACUUGGUUUAGCAAAAGAAACCACCAUAAUAGCUCAAUGCACUUCAUUGAAGCUAAAGUGGCAUCAAUACCGUUGGUGAAAUUCCGUUUGGAGUUUGAAAGGGACGUCACUGAAGAGGAUCCCAUCUGGGAUGAUGUUCCAGAGUGGAAAACGAGACCCAUGGUCCGGCGAGUCCCAGUUGACAUUAUAGCCGAAGUGGAAGAUGACGAUAGGUUGAAGGCUAUUUCAGUGAAGAAGGUUAGAAGGCAGUUUCCAGUAGUGGACACCACUACUUGGGGCAGCCUGGCUUCAAAUAUUUCUUUCACAAAGUUUCUGUCAUUCAUUUUGCCACCAGAACCGCUGUCGCUGGAUGUGAAGUGGUAGUAGAUUUUGCUCUGAUAUACUAGUAGGGUUGAUAGGAAAUUGCACAUACACAUCGAUUUCAUGUAUACUUAGGCUGGAAGUGUGCCUGAAAGUGAAAUGGGCUGUAACAUAAUGUUUAAAUUUUGUAUUGCUUCUGGCAAUUGUGUGGGUACAAUCUUACAUUAUUCAUACUGCCUUCUUGCAAUGGCUGUCUUUAGCACCUUGCAUGUUCUGAGUACAUCUGCCUUGUUCAAUUUUA